AUGCCCUUAUCCAAGUCUUCCAAGCGUCCGCGGUCUGUCGAGAGCGGAGAAGAGGGAGAAGAGGGAGAUUACAGUGGUUCCCCGGUUGGAAAGAGACAAUGCUCGCUACCUCUCCGCAUAUCACCUACCUCGUCGCCUCGUAGGGUCUUCAAGCAGAAACCUAAGUCGACAGGGCUUUGUACGAUACCUCUGACACUGACUCCGGUUGAGUCAUCGGACGAGGACAUUGAAGAAGAGGAGCACCUCUCAAGCUUGUCGGCAUUUAAUCUCUCCGCCUUCAACAUCUCACAACCGAGCACGGCGAGUAGCUUCCUCUCCACUAGAGCCAAUGCAUCAGAAAGCGAUGCUAUGGACACGACAGAGAUGCCACCACCUUCGGUGAGCAGCUGGAGAAGGCCACAGAUGACUCGACGAAGGUCGAACGGGAUAUCUGCAAUGACACAAUCGAUGCAGAUGAACUUUUCUACGAAUGCAGAUCAGCCUGAUGCAAACGGCGGGCGCAUACCAACACCAAUUUAUGGUCAUUUUACUAGCACGGACGUAAACAUGGAUACUUCAGAGGCAUCACUAAACAGCUUUAUACAUCCAUCAGCCCGUUUCCAGCUCCGUCACAAUCACAACGUUCUCUCGCCCAUGAUGAGCGAAGAUGGCGAAUCGGAAGCUGACUGGUGGCGAAGGCGUCGACUUCCUAGCCCUGCAGAGAGUCCCGUCAUAUCACAGCGAAUGGAAACAGAUGACCUGACAGGUCCUGGUAUGAUGGACGCUCUGUCUUUUGACAACAUGCAAACACACAACUCAGAGAUGAUCGAUGAAACCAACCCAAGCCCACCAUUGUCAUCAACUUCCUCUAGAGGAAGUAAAGGGCAUGCCAUGUUCGAAAGGCGGUCCGAUACGGGCUCGGAGGCGCCAAGAAAAGGCAAACUUCUACAGCAACCCAUCUCCGGCAUCCCUCGACCACGUUUCGGUCCAAGGCGAUAUCCGUGUCUCACAGGCUCCAACCGUCAUAGUUGCCUAGCUGAUGCGCAAGCACGCCCUACCUCGCGACGUGGACGGAGCGGAGGUAAAAUCGAAGUGGCCCCGGGCGAAGCCAAGAAGGACUUUAACGGAUUGGCUGAGCGUUGGGGAGCAGGUCGUGUAUCAGAUCUGGGAGACGACGAGGACGAAUGGGCAGCCAAGAAGGGUUACGCGGAAUAUAGAGAGAGAAAGGCGCAGCUGAAGAGGAAAGGCGUAACAGGGAACGAGCCCAUCAAGCCCCUGACCCUACAUAACGACGAACCGCAUUUUCGGAUGCAAGCACCGAGAUUGGUUGCAUAA